AGCCUCAGCCGCCUCCGAGCGGCGGGAGGGAGCAGCCGGUGUCUCCGCUUCGCUAGGCGGGCCACUUUCCCGCGACCUCGCAUCUCUACCCCGGGCGGAGAGCUCCCCCUGCGCCCCUCCGGGUACCCCUGGCUCCAACCUCUUCCAGCGACAUGGAAGAAUUUUUACAACGUGCUAAGUCCAAACUGGGUUAUUACUGUAACUCAUUUACCCUCGAACAACAAAGAAGUACAGGAAGGGAGAGAGAAAAGUGCCCACGCCACAGUUCAGAGUGCAGGCGGAGGUGUGAUCCUUACAAUGAUCUAACUAAUCGAAGCAAACGCUUGGAGAAAGUCCAUGUGGUUAUUGGACAUAAAUCAUGUGACUUGGAUUCUCUCAUUUCUGCCUUCACAUAUGCUUACUUUCUAGACAAGGUCAGUCCACCUGGGGUUCUCUGUUUGCCAGUGCUGAACAUCCCAAGAACUGAAUUCAACUAUUUCACCGAGACAAAGUUUAUUUUAGAAGAGCUAAAUAUCUCUGAAUCAUUCCAUAUAUUCCGAGAUGAAAUUAAUCUGCAUCAGCUAAAUGAUGAAGGGAAGUUAUCUUUAACACUUGUUGGCAGCAACGUGCUGGCCAGUGAGGACAAAACUUUAGAAUCAGCAGUUGUCAAAGUCAUUAAUCCAGUUGAGCAGAGCGACGCUGGACUUGAGUUCCAAGAGUCUUCCUCCUCCCUUGUGGUGAAAGAGAUUCUCCAGGAGGCUCCCGAGCUCAUCAACGAGCAACUGGCUCAUCUCCUCAGAGGUAGCAUCCUCUUCCAGUGCCUGACCAUGGAAUCAGAGAAGAUCUCAGAGAGACAGGAGGAAAUCCUCUCCAUCCUGGAAGAGAAAUUUCCUAAUUUGCCUCCGAGAGAAGACAUCUUCAAAGUUCUGCAAGAGACCCAGUUUAGUGCUCAGGGUUUAAGUAUGGAGCAGACAAUACUGAAGGAUCUAAAAGAAUUGUCAGAUGGAGAAAUAAAACUGGCCGUUAGUACCGUGAAUAUGACCCUUGAGAACUGUAUGUUUCACAGGAAUAUCACCAGUGAUCUGAAAGCAUUUACAGACAAGUAUGGUUUUGAUGUCCUCAUCAUCUUGGCCAGCUACCUAUCGGAGGAGCAGCAGCCGAGACGACAGAUUGCUGUAUUUUCUGAGAACCUAGAGCUGUGUGGUCAGAUUUGCUGUGAACUAGAAGAGUGUCAGAACCCCUGCCUAGAACUGGAGCCCUUUGAGUGUGGCUCUGAUGAGAUCCUGGUGUACCAGCAGGAGAACCCUUCUGUGACUUGUGAUCAAGUUGUUCUCCUUGUUAAGGAAGUCAUCAAUCGGAGGUGUCCAGAGAUGGUCUCCAACAGCCGGACGUCGUCCACAGAAGCUGUGGCAGGCAGCGCUCCGCUCUCCCAGGGGUCUUCCGGGAUUAUGGAGUUGUAUGGUUCUGACAUAGAGCCACAGCCGAGCUCUGUAAAUUUCAUAGAAAACCCUCCAGAUCUCAAUGAUUCUAACCAGGCUCAGGUGGAUGUCAACGUAGACCUUGUUAGCCCAGACAGUGGGUUGGCCACCCUUAGGAGCAGCCGUUCAUCCAAGGAGAGUUCAGUUUUCCUCAGUGAUGACAGCCCAGUGGGAGAAGGUUCUGGGCCUCACCACAGCGUCCUCCCAGGGUUCGACUCCUAUAGCCCCAUCCCUGAAGGGGCAAUAGCUGAGGAGCAUACACGGCCUGGAGAACACAACGAACACUUCGACCUCUUCAACUUUGACCCGACACCCAUGGUUUCUGGGCAAUCCCAGCCAUCUUCCCAUUCUGCUGACUUCUCCCCAGCAGAUGAUUUCUUCCCCAACAGUGAUUCAUCAGAAGGACAGCUCCCCACUGGGCCUAAAGGACUUGAUGAGAUAGAGGUCAACAUGUCUAAUUACUCAUCCAGUUCACUUUUGUCAACGGCUGGCAAAGACAGCCUUGUGGAAUUUAAUGAGGAGUUUGUCCAGAGACAAGAAAGUCCCAGGGAUAACUCUGAAAGAAGUUUGAACCUGACAGAUUUCGUGGGAGAUGAAUCUCCUUCACCAGAAAGUUUAAAAAAUAUUGGAAAAAGAAUUCCACCGACACCUAGGAAUAGCUUUGUAGAAAGCUCACCAUCCACUGAAGAACAAACCCUAUUCUAUCCAGAAGAUACAAGCCAAAAUGCAGCUGACACAGGCCACACAGGGCCACCUCAGUCCCGUGCGAGAUGCAGCAGCUGGUGGGGGGGCUUAGAAAUUGACUCUAAAAAUAUCACCGAUGCAUGGAGUUCCAGUGAACAGGAGUCUGUCUUCCAGAGCCCUGAGUCAUGGAAAGAUCAUAAGCCAAGCCCAGCUGACAGGAGAGCCUCAGAUUCUGUGUUUCAACCCAAGAGUCUUGAAUUCUCAAAAUCAGGUCCCUGGGAGUCUGAAUUUGGUCAGCCUGUACUGGGUAGCAGAGAGAAUCAAGAUCAAACUGAAGAAAACUUGCAGCUUCAAAAUCUGCCCGCUGAGAAAUCACAUUUACCAAAUGCGUCUCCUCAGGGAACAAACCACCUAAUAGAAGACUUCUCUGCUUUGUGGCAUUCUGAUCAAUCUCCCACAGCAAUGCCUGAGCCGUGGGGAAACCCCACAGAUGAGAGUGAACCAGCAGCUGUAGGCACAUUUCCUGCAUGGAGUGCAUUUAGUAAAGAAGGUGACACUAAAGCUUUGAAAAAUACCUGGAAUCUGCACGCAGUGAGUGGUGAAAUACCUUCUGUGAUGGACCCGAAUGAGUGGGCCAUGGCAAAAAGCGGAUUCUCUUUUCCUUUAGAAGAUCUAGUGGACAAUUCACCCAGUGAUGCAAAUAAUGAAGCAGCUUCAGAAAUCUGGGGCAAGAAGAACAAUGACUCCAGGGAUAUUAUCCUUGUAUCUGGAAAUGCCAGUUCUAAUCUGGAUCAUGCGUGGAAUCAUUCUAAGCCACCAAAGGAAGAUCAGGACGGUUUAGUGGAUCCUCAAAUUAGGGAGAAGGUGUAUGAAAAGGUAGAUUCCUGGAACAUUUUUGAGGAGAGUAUCAAGAAAGGAGGAUCAGACAUUCUAGCUCCUUGGGAAGAUUCUUUCUUAUCAUACAGAUGCGCUGAUUACAGUGCAUCCAACAUAGGUGAAGAGUUGGUGACUUCCCCCUUAGAUACCAGCUACUCCACCUCUGACUCUUAUCCAUCACCAACAUUUGCUGGAGAUGAAAAAGAAACUGAAAACAAGCCAUUUGAUAAAGAGGAAGGUUUUGAGUUAAAAGAUGCUAACUCCACCACAGACGAGGCCGAAAUGCCUCCUCAGUCACCACAGCAACCAUCUAGAAAUCAAAUUAGUUCAGGUCCUGGGAACCUAGAAAUGUGGGCUCUUGCAAAUAACAGUUCUGAAAUACAUGCCACUUACAACCCAGAUAAAGAUUUCCUCCAGACCGAGCACAAGUACGAUAAGAACAUCUCCAUGGAGGAUGACAUUGGGGACAGCAGCCAGUCCAGCUAUGAUGACCCCAGGAUGAUGCAGCUAUACAAUGAAACCAACCGACAGCUCACACUCUUACACAGCAGCACCAGCUCCCAGCAGGGGGCACCUGAUAACCUCGACUUGUGGAACAGAGUGAUUCUGGAGGACACGCAGUCUACCGCGACCAUCUCAGAUAUGGAUAACGAUUUGGACUGGGAUGACUGCAGUGGGGGUGUGGUGAUCCCCUGUGAAGGUCAAGCACAAAGAUAUAUGACUGAAAGUACUGAACCGGAAACGCGAUUUUCAGUGAGACACCUAGAACCGUGGAGUGUGGAGUAUCCAGAAGCAAAUCAGGUAGACUGGGAACUUCCUGCCUCUUCCGAGCCCAGCAAGGACAUUGCUCCUAAUGAAUGUCACAUACUAAAUGAGAAAAAUGGACAGCUUAUUGCGGACAGCAUUUGGGAUUCCGUUGUGAGAGAUAACGACAUGUCAUCAUUAAUGUUACCCAGCCCAUCACAUAUUACAAAUUCAGAACAAAGCAGAUCAACUCCUGAAACUCCUGACUCAUCAGAAAAAGUUAAGGACAGUGACAUCCCAGAUAUGCUUGAUGUCUCUGGAGCCAGUCAGUCAGAAACACUUACACCUGACCCUAACAACCAGGAUGAUGCAGCAUCUUUGGCCACCAGGCUUGAGAACCCAGGGCAUUUUGCACAUUCAGAUCUAUGGAAAGGUCAAAGCAAUGGACAAAGUGGAAUUGAGCAGGAAGCCCAUGGAGCCUCUGAUAGGGAGUGCAUUGGUGAGGAGGAGGUGAUAAGCUCUGAGGUGGAUACCGCCUCAGGGAGUUCUGGAAAAGGGGAAGGUGACCAGGAACUCUCUUCUCCACUUACAUACGAGCAUCAAGAAAUGUGCAUGGAAUUAGGCAAAAUCAGCUCUCCUUCAGUCACUUCUAGUCCUCAGACUGAGGAACUAGAGGGGGUUUUAGAGCAUGAGAAAGGAGCUUACAGUCUGGAUUCCCAUGAUGUUCAAACAGGAAUGUCUACAAAUAACCCUCAGGCAGAAGAUACCUAUGAAAACCACCUCCUGAACCACAGAAAUUUGAGUGAGGCUGCUGAAGUUUCAGGUAGGAUGAAUUCAACAGAAAAUACAUCUUUAUCUGAAAUGGAUCUUGAAAAAACAGAGAAAUGUAACAUUCUGGAGCCAGAGAGAAUGAAUGAAGUGCCACCUCAUGAAUUUUCCCAAAGCUCUGACAUUUGGGAUAGCCCUAAAGAGAACUAUGUGCAGGACAAUUGUACAAGUUCUGAGAUCACUGAGAAUCUUGAAGUUAGGAGUACUGAAAAUAGCCUUCCAGGAGCUAGUUCAUCUGGAAAUUAUGGCAAAGGUAGUAUUUCUAGUGAGUAUACACAUUCAAGUGCAUCGAGUCCAGAUCUAAAUGAUUCUUCAGCAGCAUUGCUUUCCUGGAGACACAUGUCCAACACUGAGCAUAAUAGGAAAGAGAAUCAAGAUGAUGGGGGUGGACAGAAUCACCAAGAAUCUGAAGCAAUUCCCACUGAUGGCCAAGUAGAAUUAAUUCCUGAAAUGAAAGACCUGGAGAAAAACAGAAUGGAAGAGUUUGAAAAGAGCUUUGAGCACAAGAUGCCUAUAUUUUUAGAGAUUUGGAAUUACUCAGUAGAUGGUGAUUCCUUGUCCUCUUUAUCCAGUCCUGAAACAGGAAAAUAUUCUGAAUAUUCAGGUGCAUAUCAGGAAAGAAAUCUUGUGGUUAGCCAUCAAGAAAAAAACGAUCGUGACAUUCCUGAAACUAUGCAGGUGGAGGAUGCCAUGUUCAUUUCAACAAGCUCAGGCUCUGACGAUGAUAGUACAGAUGAUGAAGAGUCAGUGGAGAAAGAGAUCCAUUUGACCACUUGCCAAGAUGCUCACAGUGAAUCUAGAGCUUGGAACUCGAUGAAUGAAUCUAAUCAGUUCUUGACCACAGCUGAUCUCAACGUUCAGAAAUAUUCUGAACAUAUAGGCAGUUCAGAACCAGCAGAAAAUGAGAAUAAAUCAAACUCAUUUUAUGAUGAUCAACAAAGCAGUCCUGAUCACUGGAAUUUCUCACCACAAUUAGAUUCAUUGAAUGAAUCUAAUAAGCUCUUAGCCACAGCUGAACCCAAUGUUCAGGAAUAUUCUGAAUAUAUAGGCAGUUCGGAACCAGCAGAGAAUAAGUCAGACCAAUUUUAUGAUGAUCAGCAAAACAGCCGUGAUCACUGUAACGUCUCACUGCAGUUAGAUUCACUGAAUGAAUCUAGUAGGUUCUUGGCCACAGCUGAUCCCAACGUUCAGGAAUGUUCUGAAUAUGUAGGCAGUUCAGAACCAGCAGAGGAUGAGAAUAAGUCAAAUCCAUUCCACAACAAACAACAAAGCUCCCCUGAUCAAUGGACUUUCUCACCACAGUUAGAUUCACUGGAUGAAUCUUCUAAGUUCUUGGACAAGGCUGACCCCAAUACUCAGGAGUGCUAUGAAUAUGUAGGCAGUUCAGAACCAGCAGAGGAUGAGAAUAAGUCAAAUCCAUUCCACAACGAUCAACAAAGCAGCCCUGAUCAAUGGACUUUCUCACCACAAUUAGAUUCAUUGGAUGAAUCUAAUAAGUUCUUGGCCAUAGCUGAGCCCAAUGUUCAGGAGUAUUCUGAAUGUAUAGGCAGUUCAGAACCAGCAGAGAAUAAGUCAGACCGAUUUUAUGAUGAUCAACAAAACAGCCCUGAUCCCUGGACUUUCUCACCACAGUUAGAUUCACUGAAUGAAUCUAGUAAGUUCUUGGCCAAGGCUGAUCCCCACGUUCAGGAAUGUUCUGAAUAUGUAGGCAGUUCAGAACCAGCAGAGGAUGAAAAUAAGUCAGAUCUGUUCCAUGACGAUCGACAAAGCAGCCCUGAUCACUGGAAUUUCUCACGAGUAAAGGAGACUGAGCUACAGAUUACAGCAGUGGAUAGGGAGACAAAAUCUUCUCCAGAAGCAGUGAAGACAGGAGAUACUGCAUGGCAAAUGUCUCCCCAAACUCAACCACAGACUGCUGAUAAUUCUAAAUUGGAAAUGCUUGGCUUCUCAGCUGAGAGUGAUGAGUGGUGGACUGCCUCUCCACAGGAAGGAAGACCAAUUGAGAGGACAUUUGAAGGGGAGCUAUCAAACUCAAGUGAUACGUUAGAGAUGAAUUCUUCAGUCUACCAAAAUGUGGAUCCCUGCAAAGUAUACAUUCAUGGUGAUGCUGAAUCCAUGGAAACCCAUUGUACUAAUUCUUUCAAGGAUAAACAUCAGUCUGCCUUUCUGGAUAGUAAUGAGAAGAACUCCCAUGAGCAGCUUUGGAACAUUCAACCAAAAGAGCCAGACUCAGAUGCUGAUGAGCUUAACCAGCUGGAAAUAUUGGACCAAAUUAAAGAAAAGGAUUCAAGAGAGCAAAUCUUAAUGUCUUCUGCUGGUGAUGAACUCACUUUUGAAACGCAUACCCAAGAGCAGUGUCCAGAUACCAUGCUGCCAUAUGGGGAUCAGCCAGACCCAACAUUUACAGGUGAAAAUGAAUGUGUUGCAUCUCACGUUUCAACUUUUGAGUGUCAAGAGACAAACCGCUGGGAACAAGAAAAAUCGUACACCAGUGAAAUUACAAAUUCAAGCAUUGCCUCAGAAAAUGUCCCUGUUGUCAGUUCUCCUACCCAAUUGUUAAAGAAGGCAGGCUCAGAAUGGAAUGACUCUACCCCUAGUGAGGGCCUUCAAGGUACGUUUGUUCCAGAUAUUUUACAUGGCAGUUUCCAAGAGGGCGGGCAGCUGGCCUCAGCUUCGCCUGACUUGUGGAUGGAUGCAAAGCAGCCCUUCAGUUUGAAAGCAGAUGGUGAGAAUCCUGACAUACUGACUCACUGUGACCAUGAUAGCAACUCACAGGCUUCCAACAGCCCUGAUAUAUGUCAUGAUUAUGAAGCAAAGCAGGAGACUGAGCACCAUAGCAGUGCUCAGAUGGGACCUGAAGUGGAAUCCGGUGAGUUAAAUGUUACUGAACCAAAGAUGGAUGAAGAGCCCAGUCAGGAUCCUGGGCAGGAAUUUGUCCCGUACAAUUCAAGACUAUAUUCUGAAAAUGCCAUUCCACUGCCUACAAUCAGCAAACAAGCAAAGACAAGUGGCAUGUCUCAGCCUGCCUCUCAUAAGGUUUCUCUGGAACCUUCUGAAAUAAAUGAUGAAAAUGAUAUAGAUUUACAAGCGUCAGAAAUAGGAACCAGCUCAGAUAUAGUACCUGUUUUGGAACUUUUUGACAGAACAAUCCCAGUGAAUGAAAAUGUGGGAACCAGUAUUUUUGUGACUCACCCAGAGCCAGGUCUGGAUGGCAAUAGCCAUUUGAUAUCAGAGGACUUUGCUCCUGAAAAUAAGAGAGAUGUAAGGGCCUUGCUUGACUAUGAGCAACCUUUUGCCGCUGAGGGUCCUGCCUCAGUUACUGACACUCUGUUGGUCUCAGACAUGUGUCUGGAUGUAAGCGAAGCUGCCUUUGACCACAGUUUCAGUGAUGCCUCAGGUCUCAACACAUCCACGGGAACAAUAGAUGACAUGAGUAAACUGACAUUGUCAGAAGGCAAUCCUGAAACUCCAGUUGAUGGGGAUGCAGGGAAGCAGGAUAUCUGUUCAUCUGAAGCCUCGUGGGGUGAUUUUGAAUAUGACGUGAUGGGCCAAAAUAUUGACGAGGACUUAAUGAAAGAGCCUGAACACUUUCUUUAUGGUGCUGACCAUCCCAUGGAGGAAGAUGUCCUGAAGCAACCUCUGGCACCAUACACACCUCCCUUUGAUUUGUCCUAUCUCACAGAACCUACCCAGGGUUCUGAAAAGACAGAGGAAGCGGAGUCUCCAAAGGAUGAAUCUUUAGGGAGUGAAGCUGCAGAGCUAUUGUUUUCUGCCCUGCCUGAUAGAAGAGGCAAGGAAAACCACACAGAGACCACAAGCAUACAGCCUGGACUACAGCUGGUGGCGCUGCAUAUUGAUGAAGACUCUGAGUCCCUUUCUUUGCCUGUAAGAGAAGGCUUGGAUGUGGAGUUGUCUCCUUCCAACGAUGUUGACUGGGACGUAGAAACAGAUUAUUCUUAUUCACCAGCAGGUGGAGACAUAGGACCAGCAAAUGAUGCCAACAAGAGGAUAUUAGACUUGAAAGAAGAAAAAAUAAUUCCUACCAAAGACCCUGAGCAAUUAAAAUCAGAAUACAAGGAAGAAAGUUGCACAGAGCAGAAUGAAGAUCAUCAUGCACUACACAUGGAUUACAUACUUGUAAACCAUGAAGAAUAUUCGCCUCAGAAGCCAGAGGCCUGUGAAGCAAGAGAAAGCACGUUUGAAUUAGAAGACUCUCACACAAGUUCUGAAGAAAUGGGGCUGUCAGGAACUCAGUUAACAAGUUUCCCAGACACAUUUAAGUCAGCCUCUUUAAAUGAAAGAAAAGACCAUUCUUCAGAGAGAGUAGUUUCCAAAUAUGUUAAGAGAUCUUCUCCUGAAAGCCCUGGGCAAGAUCAGGGUUGGAUGGUCUUGGGCCACAAUGAGGUUGGUGAUCCAACAUCAGAAGGAGGUUCCAGUCAACUGGAAGCCAGGAUCUCAGGGUCUGGAUGGUCUGCUGAGGCUAUGGAGCCAGCUUCAGAUCCUAGCCCGGGCAAGGGUUACCAGACGCAGGUUCUGGGAGAAGUGAAGCCUCCAGAAUCUUUAGUGUUAGAGGAAGCCUCUGGUCUGAGCAGCCAAUCAAGGAAGACCAAGAGCCGAGGUGGUGCUGGGCCGGAUGCUGUUAUACUGCAGGCUGUUGCCCAUGACAAUGAAUGGGAAAUGCUUUCACCGCAGCCUUCUCAGAAAAACAUGAUCCCUGAAGCGGAAGUGGAGGAGGAGACAGAGUUCCUUGAGCCCAGAAAAAGGAAACCAAGAACAAAUGGACUACUGUCAGAGGAUGUAGGAAUGGACACCCCUUUUGAAGAGGGAAUGCUGAGCCCCAGUGCUGCAGACAUGAGGCCUGAACCUCCUAAUUCUCUGGAUCUCAAUGGCGCUCAUCCUCAGAGAAUCAAGCUUACAGCCCCAAAUAUCAACCUUUCUCUGGAUCAGAGUGAAGGGUCUGUUCUCUCUGAUGAUAAUCUAGACAGUCCAGAUGAAAUUGAUAUCAACGUGGAUGAACUCGAUACCCCUGAUGAAGCAGACUCUUUUGAAUACACUGGGCAUGAGGAUCUCACAGCCAACAAAGAUUCUGGUCAAGAGUCAGAGUCUAUUCCAGAAUAUACGGCAGAAGAGGAGCGGGAGGACAACCGGUUGUGGAGGACUGUGGUGAUCGGAGAACAAGAGCAGCGGAUUGACAUGAAGGUCAUCGAGCCCUACAGGAGAGUCAUUUCUCACGGAGGAUACUAUGGGGACGGCCUAAAUGCCAUCAUUGUGUUUGCCGCCUGUUUUCUGCCAGACAGCAGUCGGGCGGAUUACCACUAUGUCAUGGAAAAUCUUUUCCUAUACGUAAUAAGUACUUUGGAGUUGAUGGUAGCUGAAGACUAUAUGAUUGUAUAUUUGAAUGGCGCAACCCCAAGACGGAAGAUGCCAGGGCUAGGCUGGAUGAAGAAGUGCUACCAGAUGAUUGACAGACGGUUACGGAAGAAUUUGAAAUCAUUCAUUAUUGUUCAUCCCUCUUGGUUCAUCAGAACAAUCCUUGCAGUGACACGGCCUUUUAUAAGUUCAAAAUUCAGCAGUAAAAUUAAAUAUGUCAGUAGCUUAUCAGAACUCAGUGGGCUGAUCCCAAUGGAUUGCAUCCAUAUCCCAGAGAGCAUCAUCAAUAUUGACCUGAAGCUGAAAGAAAAGCCCUAGUUGACCGUGGCUGGAAGAAGAGGAUGCUUUUCUGCAUCAUGAUCCUGUUGAAUCAUAUCUACCUGGAAGGGACAGGGCUGAUGUUAUUUUUUGCCACUUUGCACUACCGGGUGCCAUUCUAAAUUUCUAAGGGGAAAAACAGUAAUGGAAUUUGUUUACUCUUAACGUGUUUUAUGAAAUUGUGUGUAUUUUCCUAUUUUGCCAAUUAUGUGCCUCAAAGAUUUUAGUUGAACCUUAGCAAGAAAGUAGGGCCUUCCAUUCUGAUAUUUCAUUACCCUGUGGUGCAGUGGUAUUUUGUCCUUUAGAUCAGAGUUUACCAAUAGGACAAAUUUAAUCCAGUAAUAAGUGUGAGUGGAUUUGUCCCCAUAGAUUAGCUAGGCUUUUUUUUGGUGAUCAUUUUAGGUUAAAGUACACAGGAAAAUUGUCUACACAUAACUCUGCCUUUAAAAUCCUGAAUUUGCUUAAGAUAGACAGGAACUAGAUAGGUGUGAAAGCUAAGUAUCAGCUUUGUUAUCAUCUACAUGAAUCUUCUCUAACUCCUCAGAGGGAAGCCAGUCUUCCUAAUGCAGGUCGGUUUUACGCUAAUUAUCAAAUUGGACACCAAUCUGUAUGUGAAUGGGUCUUCUUAAAGAUUAUCAUUUCUUCAAUGAACAGUAAAGACCUCCACACGGAGAAAUUUAGGAUUAAUGCCCAUGUUUUUGGUAGUUAUCUGUACUUCAAUCCAUAAAACUAGGUCAAGACAUUGGUCUUUUCUUCCCAGCAUCUAAUGGCCAAGGGCUCCCUAGGUGUAACGGAGCCAACUCAGAAAUUCACUAUUUGGUUAUGCUCGGUUAUCUGAAUUUCUCUCUCACAGGCAUUAUAAAAAGUAAUCUGCUUUAAAACACUCCAGUCUGAUCACAGGUUUAAAAUUAAGUGUGAGUAUAUACUACUAUUUACAAAAUAUUUCCUUUUUGGUCUCCAUAUGUCCUUUAAAAUGCUAACAUAACUUCAGAUCUGUGGACCUCUAGCACAAAGAUUAGCAAGCAACACCCAAAUCCAGUUUUUGUAUGAUCUGCAAGCUAAGAAUGAUUUCAGCAUUUUUUGGUGGUUUUUAAAAACCAAAACAAGAAUAAUAUUUCAUGACUGACAAAAAUUCUUCGGUUUUCAGUGUUCAUAAAUAAGGUUUUAUUGGGACACAGCCAUGCUCACUUAUUUACAUAUUGUCUCUGGCUACUUUUGUACUACACAGGCAGAGCUGAGUAUUCGUGACAGAGUCCACAUGGCCCACAAAGCUUUAAAUAUUUACUGCCUUUGUAGAAAAAGUUUGCUGACUCCUGCACUAGCACCUAAUCUCCUCCCUCCGUUUUAUUUAGAUACUAUUUUCCCUAACUGAAGGACAAAUAAGACUGCACACUAAUUUCUUUUUAAGAAGUGAACAGGUAGCAGCUAUGUUUUUAUCGACAUCCACAGAGAGUAAAAUACAUGGCCUUCUGAAAAAGACAAGAGGCCCCUAGCCACAGAAGCACUGCUCAGGAUGCGUUUGCAGGAUUCAAGGUGAAGCCUUCUUUGAAACAACUCUUUAACCGUUUGCAUGUGUUACUGAGGUCUUCACCUUACUCGUGGAACCAUUUCUGAGUCUCCAGUAUCACCUGUGACAAACAAGCUAGCAAAACUAAAAAUGUUAUGGAGUCUCAUGCUGGUAACUUUGUUAGGAAGAGCCAUCAGGGACACCUUGAGCCUUGGGUGUAAUGAACCCUGAAGCCCUUCAAAGCAGACACCUUUGCACAGCUGACUGAGUUUCACUGACCUCAUUUGCUUCUUGUCAGUCUUUCACUCACCCUCCACACACGCUCACGCAUACGCGUCAGCUCUCUCUUCCUUGACAAUGCUAAGCCAUAGUUAACCUAUAUUCCCUCCUUGGCCCCUUUCAACUUAAGUAUCUUGUGGAACUGUGUUCUUUUGGGUCUCCACCCUUAAAGCAUCUGGUUUGCCUGAUACGAAAACUCUAGACCCCACCCUCUGUCGCAGCCCACCUAUACCUUUGAAAGCCCAAAUGAUUCCUCUCCCAGAGCUUAGGUGUUGCCAUAAGUACAGUGACCCAAUAUUCCAGUCUGCAUACCUGUUUGUAACUGUUGCCCUGGUCUAAUUAUUAAUAACACUCCCUUUUGCUCUCAGUAAUGUCCCAUUUGGGAAGAUAAAUUACAUGAUCACCCUAACCACAGGAAGUAAUGAAGAACCCAGUGUUCCAUUUAGUGGUGCAAGCCUGGGGACAUAGGGGAGUUGUUAAAGCCAAUCAGACAAGGAGCAAUCUCACCAUUCACAUUUUCUGUCCUGCCUGUUUACGGAAGACUACUCAGCUAGUAUGCUAUUUGAAGCUUUGUCUUCCUACACAGAAAUGAUGAGUGUCUUUCCCAAUCCAUGGUUUUGUUUGGGCUGUGCUCUGGGCUGUGUAACCAUUCUGAUAUUUAGGCAUCUGCUACUUUAUUGUCUCUUAAAAAGAGAAGUUAAUUGCACGUGCUAGAGAAAAUCCACCAUGUAAAUUCAAUCCAAAUAAAUAGAAUCCUAGAGGAAUCCUGAAAAAAAUAAUCCCUAAGCAGAUAGGUAGACAGCUGUAAACAUUCAUGUCAUCCAGCUAUCUAGCUCCUGCAUUCUGAGCAUUCUUGCUUUGGUUCUGACUUCUGGAAACUGCUUUGCACUCUUCCUGUAGUUUGCAGUUAAGCGAACCAAGGGGUCGUUAGGGCAAAAGGAUUGUUUUCCCAAAGUGACAACUGCUCUUCAUGUAGCUCCUUGAUUAAGUGGAAGAACAAAAAUCUGCAGGAAAGAUAUUGUCAAGGAGUGAGAAAAGUUUGUUUGAGGGCAAUUGCUGAGUGUGGGAAGAAAACCCUAAGAUUCCUUUCGAAGCCAUACAAUGUUUUAGCAGGUCACCCUCUAAGACAUACUUUGGGAUGUGUGAGGAAGUCACUACACCUAGCCGUCAUUAUUAAGAUAUAUUUUCAGUAUUCAGUUAUGGUACUGCGUUUGCAACUCUCAUCACAAUGCCUCAGUAGUUUGCUCCCUUAGAAACACUUAGAUGUGCACAAAUUAAUCUUUUAUAUAUUUAAAGGAUUUUCUACCAUGUAUCAGAUUGUGCCGAAUAUAGUAUCUAUUAGACCUUGUUUGGGUAAAUAAAUAAAUUCUCCAUAAAUAGUGUGGAUUAAUAAUAUAAAGAUAUGUAACAACACAACGUAUAUAUAGCCUCUCUGUAUAAUUCAGAAAUAAAAAUCGAUUCCACAUUUCAUGGCUUCCUUUCUUUGCGUUAGCAAGAAUCGCUCUGUAGCUUCGCUUUAGAACAGGUUUAUCUGUACAUCAUUGGAGCAGGGGUGGUGCAGUGGUAGAAUGCUCACCUUCCAUGCGGGAAACCUAGGUUCGAUUUCCGUCAAUGCAGCUCAUGCAUAGCCAUCACAAGGGUUCGAUCCCCAACUGAUCAUAGGACUGGCGCGAGAGCGGGCAGCGUUUUUAUGCUGUUGUGCAUGGAGUCGCCAUGAGUCGGAGGCCAACUUUGGCAACUAACAACAACAACGAAAAUGGACAUCAGUCUAGCUUGGCACUUGAGGACAUUGUAUAAAUGUCGACUUUCUUUGUCA